GCCGCGCUCGGGCCGGGCGGGUGCCCAUGUGGACCAGCACCAUGCCUUGUUGUUCUGAGCGCUGAUUGGCUGGCUGGCGCCUGAUUGUUCUUCAUGCGCUGCGGGCCAGCUGCGCGAGCUAAAACAAGGAAGAGUGACGAAACCCACGGGAGUCUCCUUUCCACUAUUCUGCGGCGAUACCCGUGUACACCGGGGCCAAUGAAGUACCAGCAAGGAAGUGCGAUAGUUGUAUUCUGAAUUUUGUCGUUUGAGACGGUUAUAAGCGGCCAGGACUGACGGAGAGGAGUAGGCUGUGAGUGGUGCGGUUUCCGGGUUUUCAGUGAGGCCGUAGUAACAAGGCGGGGCAGGAAUCCGGGAGGGGCGGGCCCUAACGAGAACACGACUCGCCUUGUUGUGUGUAUUCCCGUGCUCGCAUCGCCAUCUUGUUGCAAUCCUAUUUUUUUUUUUUACGUAUGCGAGGAUCUACUUUCCGUUUGGCCGGAUUUAAAAUAGCCUGUCUGCUUUCAGGAGAAACGCAGGGGAGUAGUGGACCGGGCUUCUUGGUGUGAACCGUACACACGGCGCUUCCUACAGGGACAACCUACCCCUCGGUCUUUUUCCUCCUUCCGUCCCGGGCCACCGGGUCGCCUGCCGUAAGGGUUUACGCGCAAUGAGCAUCGAUACACUUUUGGAGGCGGCCAGAUAUCUGGAAUGGCAAGCCCAGCAACAACAGAUCACACGUGAGGAAGAGCAGCGCAAAGAGAAGGAGCUCAUCAACAGAGAGGCGGAGUCACGACGUGUCGAAAUUGUGACCUCAUUAUCUCAGUCGGUCAGAGCCAACCAUGUCACUUGGAGCGAUGACUCUCACCGUCAACCACCGCAUCAACCCCCUGCCCCUCCGCCCCCCUCUCUCCCACCUCCUCAAGUCCCAAUUGCUGUCAUCCCAAUGGUCCCAGUUGUCACUGCAACGCCAUCAGUUCCACCCCUCCCGGUCACGACACCGAUUGCUGCGGCAGCAACUUCACUCAACAGCUCCCCUCCAGUCAAAAACUCUUCCUCCCCUCCACAGCAGAAUCAAUAUCAUCAGCAACAGCAGCCGGCCUCCCCUCACCUGUUGUGCACCCCCCAGAUAAAGCUCGAGACCAGUCCGCAGCCGAUUGGUCCCAAGCCCAACCAAUCACAGCCUCAGGUUCAGAUUCAGUAUCCAACCUCCAUCAGUACCAACGGCCCCAGCUCUCAACAUGCACUGGCUCCCCAUCAAGCUCCACCCACAUCUCAGCCACGGCCUAAUGGAGUGAACAUGGAGGACAUGAGGGGGAUGGAAGGAAAGAGGAGACCAGGAGGAGCGGGGACCAGAGAGGUGCAUAAUAAAUUGGAGAAGAACAGGCGAGCGCACCUCAAAGAGUGUUUUGAGACGCUGAAGAAGAACGUUCCAAAUGUUGAUGAGAAGAAAACCUCAAACCUCAGCGUCCUCCGCAGUGCUUUGCGUUACAUACAGACUCUGAAGCGUAAGGAGAAGGAGUUUGAGCACGAGAUGGAGCGUCUGGCCAGAGAGAAGAUAGCCACGCAGCAGCGGCUGGCUGAGCUGAAGAACGAGCUCAGCCAGUGCAUGGAUGUCAUCGAGAUUGACAGAGUCCUGCGACAGACUAUCCAGCCAGAGGACGACCAGGCGUCCACAUCCACCGCCUCAGAAGGAGAGGACAACUUUGAACAGGACAUGGAUGAAGACACCCCUACUCCUCACCCCGUUCCUACCUCCCUCCCCAAACCAACACCUCCCAUCCUACAAGCCCAGCCUCUCCUCACCCCUCACCUUUCUAUCCAGCACACCACCCUGCCUCUCUCUGGAGUCCUGACCACGCCCUCCCCCUCUGCCCCUCUUCCCCCUCAGGCCAUUGCCCCUGCUCCAGCCCCAGGUCAGCCCACUCCCCAGCCCUCUCAUCCAGUCCAGCCCACAGCAGUGCAGGUCCAGCCCACCGUCAUCGCUCACGCCGCUGUCUCACACCCUUCAGUCAUCCAGGCUGUCAACCACAACCUACCAGCCAGUCACAAACACCUGACUCACAUAGCCCCGUCGCCUGGUCCUGCCUCCUCCACCCCUCAGCCAAUCGCAGCAGCUCCGGCUGCCACCGCCACUCACCAGCAGAUAGCACCACAGCCUAUUGGACACAUCACUGUCCACCCAGUGGCUCACCUGGGAGCUCCCCUUCCACCCCACCUCUCAACUCUGUACCCUCAGGGUGUGUCAGGGUCCCAGCCUACCAUGGUGGGCCACAUCACCCACACCUUCACCCAUCACACCCUCCCACAUGUCCAGGCUAACCCUCAAGCUAACACUACCGGAGGCCAGGUGAACAGCGCCACAGUAAUGACACAGGGCAGCCCUUCGCUAGGAAAACCCACUGCAGUGCUGGCACCACACCCUCAGCUGGUUGGACAGGCAGCUGUCCUCAACCCUGUCACUAUGGUAACAGUCCCAACUUUCCCUGUCAGCACUCUUAAACUGGCCUGAAAGAGAGAAAAGUGAUGGAGAGCAGGAGUAUGAUGAAUUUCCACACUCCAUCAAUAAUCAGCAGAGUCUCUGACAGACAGUUAAUGAUAAACAAAGAGAAAAGUUUUUGGACAAAUUGUGAGGAAAAUCUUCAGAUAUUUUGGUCACAGCUUUGUUACUUUUUGAACAACAUUAAAGCCGAGUCAGGACGGCAAGACCUUUGUGAAAUAAGACUGUGACGUUAAUCUGUACUGCAAAGACAGACACUCUGUUAAACGCCUCUCCUUCUCUCCUUCUCUCCUUCCUUCCUUCCUUCCUUCCUUACCUCUCUCCUGACUUUACACCAGAAGCACUAACAUAAUAAGCUCAGCUCACACUCAGGCAUCAAGGUUUUACCUUAACUUUUCAUUUACUCUUAGACAGAAAACACACGAAAGAGGCGUGUUUGUAGUUAGGCUGUUGCCAUGCUGAUACAAUAUGUGCCCGCUUUGUAUUUAUAUAACCAUAAUGUCCUGUGUGAUGUCACAGGUGUGUGUGUGGUCUCACAGAUCUAAAUUAAUUACACAGAGGGCUUAAAUCAAGUGCAAAGAAGAACAUGCUACACAGCCCUGUAAAUAGAGCUAAACCAUCAUCACUGUUUGAUACAGUCCUUCAUUUAUGUUGACAGGAAAGUUUCUCCUCUUACUUUUUACCCCUUUGUCCCUCACCUUUGAACAAAACUUUUCCUAAGGAGUGGCAACUAGUUUACAGCCUUAUUUAUCUCCCACGAUGAAGGUUCCUUAUGGUGCAAAUAGUUUAUAAGAAAGAAAGGAGACAAAUAAAACCAAAUCCAAACAACAAACAUUUAAGAAAUACUAUACUAGUUUGUGCUUUCAGUGAGAAUUAUUAGUGUUUGUCUCUAAAAGAGCAGAGGGUCUCUAAAUAAAGAGAAAACCCAUAAAUCAGAAGGUGCAUUAAAGUGGAUGUAUGCUUUGUUUGUCCAGUUAACUGUAGCCUCUGUUUUAGUCCAACACCAACUCACAGAAGUAAAGCAUCAAGUCUGAGCUGAAACAGACCAGGGAUCUAAAGGUUAAAGUGAAAAAUGGAUGUUGUGGCAUUUUCCUUAGUCAUUUAAACAGUCAGUGAAAUGUCUAAAAAUGGUGCACUCUGAAUUUGAAAAGAUCACUGUUCCACAGUGAAAAACAUUAAAUGUCAGCCUUCCUCUGAGAGCUUUUGGAAGAGAAGCGUUCAUUUUAAAAGCUCUGUUGCUGUCAGAUUUGUUUCACCUUGACAAAAUGUUCUGUAGUAUUGACAGGACCUGACAGGAUGAAUUCACUGUGCUGAAUCAAAGUACACCUACAGAUAAAAUCCAUCUUCAUUAGCAAGGCAAAGACAACAAGAUGAGGCUACAACAUGCUACAAACAUCACCCUGAAAGGAUAUCACCCUGCAAAAAAGUCUGCUUACUGUCAGUAACUUGGAUAUAUGAAUGGAUUCAGCUGUAGGUUAACAAGCACCAAUAGCCAUAAAAUGAUUUAGUGAUGAGUUCCCUCUGAAAGGUAAUUCAGGUUUUUAUCCUUGUUAUUUCAGGGCAACAGCUCCCUCUGCUGCCUCAUUUACAGCAAUGUUUCCCUUGUGUUUCCUUAUCUGUUCAAGAUUUUCCACUGACUAAUGAGUCGAACUGAGCAACUUUUGGGUUGUGUAUUUAUUAGGGCUGUCAAUAUUGAGUUAAUCGCUAUUAAGUUGCACAAUUAGUAUAAUUUAAAUCUUGAUCAAUAGCAGGUUUUAUUGUCCCUUUCAACACACUUUGGGAAAGCCAUGUCAGCAUCUCCCUGCAGUAACAAUGAUGUAAAAUAAGUCCACCACUGCUCUUACAUGUCCAAUUUUCAAAACUUUUAAAACUCAGACAGCUUAGUGGACAAACACAUUUACCGUUUUACUGUUUGCUUAUUUACUUUUUAAUCCAUAACAAGUUCCUUUUUCCAUAGUUUAGCUCAUAUUAUAAUCUCUGGCCUGUAACCAACCAGGAAGUCAAUUACCUUUAGUUUAAGACUGCAGAAAAAUCUAAACCAACACAAAAACAGUUAAAAAAAAGAGAAAUAGUGGAAUUUAAGAUGGUGCGAUUAAUCACAACUAACUACAGAAAUUCUGUGAUGAACUGCAAUAAAAAAAUUUAGAAGACCCUGUAUAGUGACAUCCAAACUUUGUGUCUUAACACUCUAGAUCUGUUGAAAUAAGGUUGCUGUAAACACCAGAAAACACUGAGAUCUACUGAUUUUUUUUAUUUAGACCAUCAGAAAGUUGUUUACCGCUUUCCUGAUUUGGUUUUAAGCAGGGCAGAUAUCUUAGCCCAUGACGUCACUGGUCUUGAUGGGGAAUUACCCCGUCCCCCUAAGGCUGAUACAAAAUCACUGAGCACUUCAUCUUAGUAAAGUCUGUCGAUGUCACUUCCUGGUUUUUUUUUUUUUUGUUCACUGUCAGUUAAAUUUCCCAAAAUCUAUCAGGCAGGGUGGCCUACGGGUCUUUAAAGGGAUCAUAAUGGAGAGAUUUGUACCAGAAAACAGUAAAUUCAAUCCCCAACUUAUGUCUCUCUGCUCUGAUCAGAAGCAUUUUUUUAAACAGAGGAUUUUAUCUCUUGUGAUAUCCUAGAGGAGAUUUUACUAUCCCAUUUUUCAUGAUUUUGACGCUUAAUUUUGUAAACUUAGAGAUGUUUUAUUUGACUGGAAUUUGGCCUAGUGGUUCAUAACACAGUGAAGUGUCUUAUAACAAACCUAAAAUGUAUAUUUUUUGUCACUUUACAGGGACUUUAUUGCCUGACUUCUCUUUAAAAACUCACAAACAGCUCAGUGGACAAGUAGACAGUCAUCUGAACCUUUUUUUUUUUUUACUAUCCCCUGGUUUCCUUUUCAAACCCUAACAAGAAGUUCCUUUUUCUGUGGUUAAAUUCAUGUCAUAAUCUCUGAGCUACCUAUAAGAACAGGUCUGUAUCCAAAAAGGAAGACAAUUACCUUUAGUUUAAGAUCACAGACUAAUCCCAAAUGACUCAAAAACAGUUUAAAACGCAAAAUUGUGGCAUUUGAAAUGCGAUCAAAGGGGUGGCAUUAAUCAAGAUUAACAACAAAAGUUCUGAGGUGAAUAAUGAUUAAAAAUUUCAAUCUUUUGAUAGCCCCAGUAUUAUCAUGUUCAGCUCUGGCUAAACUCUUCUGUGACAAUUAAUACAGUAACUCAAGGGUGCAAUUAAUUGUGAUUAAUUACAGAAAUUCUGAGAUUAAUAGUGAUUGACAAAUUUAAUCUUGAUAGUCCUAUUAUUUAUCAUUAUAAAUUUUGGCAAACAUCCUCUGUAACAGUGAAUGUAAUAUCUCUAGGAUGCAGUUAAUUGCAAUUAAUUACAGAAAUUCUGACAUUAAUUGUUAAAGAAAAAUGUAAACUUUUGACAGUCUAUUAUUUAUCAUAUUCAACUCUGGCAAACUAUUCUGUGACAAUUAAUGCAAUAACUCAAUGGUGGCGAUUAAUUGUGAUUAACUACAGAAAUUCUGAGAUUAAUAGCAAUUGAAAAAUUUAAUUCAUUGACAGCCCUAUUAUUUCUCUUAUUCAAUGCUGGCUAAACUCUUCUAUGACAGUAAAUGUAAUAUCUUAAGGGUGUAAUUGAUCACGAUUAACUAAAAAGUUCCGAGAUAAAUCACAAUGAAAAAGAUCCAUAGACAGCCCUGUAUUUAUCGUAUUCAAUUCAUGCUAAACUCCUUUAUUACAGUUAAUGAAAACUCUCAAGAUUAUGUAUGAAAUGACACAAUUUAGGACAUCCAUUUGGGCUCUGGGGGACAGACAUUUAUCAUUAAUAUUUUCAAUUAUGGGCCAACUAAUUCAUGACUCAAACAAAAUCUACCAAUUGUGCCACAAUGAAAAUAAUCAUAAUAAACAAUCCUUGAAAUUAAUAAAUUGAGGAAAAAGAUGCACAUUACUGCAAUUUUAUUGUGAAGAAUUUGGCAGGGCUAUGACUGGAAAACAGUCUGCUUUUAAAUUUCAGACUAGUUAAGUGUUGCUGCAUCUGCUUUUCUCUGUCUGUGUGGUUCUGUGUUAAUGUGCACAUGGCUUCACAGCCGCCUUGCCAGCCUAUACAUGUCACAUAAAAAAAGGAAAAGAAAAAAAAAAAAAAACUCCUGUCAGCGUUUAUGUAGUCUAAUAUGUGUGGAUGUGCUCUCACCCUUCCUUCCUGCUGUCUCUGUGUCUGUGUCUGUAUUCAGUAAGUUUUAUACUAAUGCUGUUUCUAUACUAUAGUUAAUUCUACUGUACCUGUAGCAUGGCUCUGUUUCUUUGGUUAUACAGUUUGCCCGGUGCAUGAUGGAGAGCGCGUGAGUGUGUGGAGCUAUUUUUUUUUUACCCAGAGGUGUUUUAUGGUAUGAGCCUGCUUGGGUGCUAUCGUGUGUGCCUAUACUCAACACUGUGACAACUCUGGCAAAACACGUGCACAAAGAGCGAAUGGAAGAGACAAAGAUGACCUGUUCUUGUGUUUUUCUUUUUCAAAUUUUCAAUUUUGAGAAAAGGACUAAGACAUGGGGUGGAAAAAGUGAGAAAACAGAAAAAAAAAGUUUUUGCUCUUUUCUUGAUAACACAAUAAUGUCUAAUAUUCAAUUAAAGUUUUGUAAUAUUUGUAUGUACGUAUGAAAGUUUUGUAAAUUUGUGAUCGUAUGCACGUUUUGGCAUAUGAGUGUAUGUAUUUUCAAGUUUGAACUGCUUGUUUUUGAUUUUGUUCUGCAUGUAGAUUGCUGUUUUAGUUUGUUUUGUUUAAAGGUUUUGUUGUUUUCCGUUUAUUUCUGGGACCAUGUACAAUACUGUAUAACGUGGGCAGGAUCUUGGACCUCAUGCUACAUUGAUAUUAUAUAUGAAUAUAAAAAGAUGUUUUCCCUAUGGAGAAAGUUUUAAGUUAUAUAUCGCCUGUACACUUUGGGCUGCCUUUUAGAUCUAACUGUCCACUGUUUAAGAUACAAUGAUAAUAAUGGAUAAAACAUAUUAAUGAUGAAGAAUUAUGCUGAUGAAAUAUUACAGAUUCUUAAUAAAUCUUAUUACA